AUGAGCAACACACCUCACAAAAUGCGAGUAGCAGUAUGUGGUGGUGGCGUUGGGGGUAUAGUUGCGGCAUACGCCCUUGGGCUGUGUAAGAAUAUCGAGGUUAACGUCUUCGAAGCUGCCUCUAAGUUCGCCGAGAUUGGUGCUGGUAUCGGGGUGACUUGGAGAGGGUGGAUGGUUCUCAGGCAGCUAGGAUUAGAGGAGGACUUGUUGCAGCUUUUGCCCGCGUCCCCUUCCGAAGACAUGGUCCCCGCUACGCACUGUCGUAAGUCGGACCAAGGUGAAGGUAUAAGUUUCAUGGAUACUAUGACUCGAGGCGGAUAUACAACUUUCCUGCGCUCAGAAUUCCACGGGGUUCUUAUGAAACGUUUGUCUUCUCGCUGUGCAACAUUCCCGUCUAAACGCCUGGUUGCAUACGAGGAAUCACCUCACAAGGCCUCUGAGCCCAUCACCCUACACUUCGAAGAUGGCUCUAGUGCCACCUGCGACAUUCUCAUCGGAGCGGAUGGAGUGAAAUCCGUUGUCCGCUCAUCUAUGUUCGAGGCACUGGCGACAAAGGAGGAGCUAGACGGCGAGAAUCUCAGAGCAUCGGAGCUGCGAUCACAUAUUAGGGCGCGCUGGAGUGGAGUUCUCGUAUUACGAGCUCUCAUUCCCGCAGAGAAACUCCGCGCUAUAUCUCCAAAUCAUCGAGCCUUCACUAGGAAUCUUCAAUAUCUAGGAAAAGACCGUCACCUGAUGGUCUACCCCAUCUCGCAAGGUCGCCUCGUGAACGUCGCUGUAUUUGAGGCUGACUAUAACAGGGAAGGAACUGUGUACCCUGAACCCUGGAUCACUACCGACGUCGAUACUAAGGCAGUGAUAGAGUCAUUCCGUGGCUGGGAGCCCGAAGUCCAAGACCUCAUUGGGUGUAUGGACGGCCUGACUGUCAAUCAAUGGGCCGUCAACGUUGUAAAUGGGCUGCCGUCUUUCGUCGACUCACGCGUGGUGCUCCUGGGUGAUGCAGCCCAUGCUAUGACCCCAUUUCAAGGAGCGGGGGCGGCACAAGCCAUCGAGGAUGCUUACGUCCUGUCGAACCUUCUUUCACAUCCCGGUGUCACACGAGACAACGCGCCUCGAGCUCUGAAAGUGUAUUCUCAAAUCCGCCUACCAUUCGCUUAUGAUGUUCUUGAGCGAUCGCGCCGUGGUGGCCUGCAAUAUGCAUUCCAUGACUCUCAACGUGGCUCAGAUUCGAGCGACUGGGAUCUGACGAGGCUUGCGAAGGAGAUUCAGCAGAAUAGUGAAUGGGCUUCGACGGGGCAUCCCAAGGAUGAGUUGGAACACGCGGUCGCUUUGUUGGAGAAGGAGUUGAUAGGGGUCGUAACAUCAUGA